AUGCGCUUCUUCACCGCUUCUCUCAUCGCCGCUCUCGCGACCGGCGCCUCGGCCAACGUCUUCGCCGUGCGCUCCCUGGACACCCGCGCCACCAUCGAGUCCUUCUGCGACGUGACCAACAAGGCCGACGCUCGCGUCUACAGCUGCACCCACGAGCAGGCUGAUGUUGACGACUGCACGGCCUCCAAGGCCGGCGACCGCUUUGUGUACAGCUGCCCUCCUGUUCCCGCCGGCCAGGACUUCUGCGACGUCGAGUACCGCCCCGAGCACAAUGAGCUUGCUGCUAGCUGCACCACAGACAUCAAGUAUGACGAGAAGUGUGUCCAGGCCAAGAGUGGGGACAGGUGGGAGAACUCGUGUCCCCUCGACAUUCUCGGCCAGGAGUAA